AUGAGUACUACUAGGUUGAGGUGGUUGAUAAAAUUGGAUUCGUGUAGCAGGAAGUUGCAAAAAGAGGAGGGACAAAGGAGGAGUCCACGAAUAUCUGCAUUGGAGGCUCCUGCAUUUCGUACUAGGGGCACAAAGAGGACAAAAUUAAGGCCUCUUCAACAUCUCACACCAAACCCGCAGGGUGUGAAACACGGCGAAAUUAAAAAGAAAAAUGUUAAUGUUAGUGAUCAACCAUCAACUCUUUUGCCAGAGAAGCGAAUACUUGAACUUGUCCUCGACACUUUACAAAGGAGAGACACCUAUGAGAUAUUCGCUGAACCAGUCGAUCCAACUGAGGUUGGGGACUAUUAUGCAACCAUCAAAGAGCCUAUGGAUUUUGGCACUAUGAGGGCUAAACUACACGAGGGGAUGUAUAAGACUCUAGAACAAUUUCAGCACGAUGUUUUUUUAAUAUUCAACAAUGCGAUGAGUUUUAAUUCUUCGGGUACCAUAUACUUCAGACAGGCUCGUGUUAUAAAUGAGUUAGCUAAGAAAGUUUUUGAUGUACUAAGAAUCAGUCCUGAGAAGUUUGAAAUGGAAUUCUCAGAAACAAUGCAACAAGUGGGUAGAAGAAACCAAAGAGAUUUUAGGGAUUUAAGACACAUUAAAUCUAAUAAAGUAACAAUUGCCGUGCCCUCCAAAAAUGUGUCAUGUUCUGCACAUGGUACAUCAAGCCGAAAAAGCGUCAGGACAAAUUUUCAUGGUUCUUCUGACACUGCUAAGCAUAAUCAUGCUAGAGAUGUAGAGGUUCGUGCAGGUAUCCAAGAGAAUCGCAAAUGUACUAGAUCUUUUGAAGUUGAUAAGCGCUGUACUUAUAGACAUUUUAUCUGUGACGAGAAUGAAUCAAUAUUUUCAACAAUACAUGAUGAUAAAUUAAAACUACUUGAGCAUGUUAGCCAGCAAGAUAAUGGCUACAAAGAUAGUUUGAUGUUGUUUGUUAAAGAUUUAGGACUGACUGCCCAAAACAUAGCUAAAAGGAAAUUACUUGGAUGUGAAAUUCGAACUGCAUCUGCAUUUGUUCCUAGAACAACAAAUACUUUGAAUUUAGUUCCUACAUCUAUGUUAUUGUCUCAAAAUCCCUUGAAUAAAUUGAGAAGCCCUGAGAGAAAAAUGGAUCGGGAGAUUGCUGGUGGAGGAGAAAAGGUUGAAGGUCUCUUAGAUGGAAGUCACAUGUGGUCCUUAUGGACUACUAAUAAAGUAUUAACAAAACAGAGUUCUUGUUCUAAUUCACAUUAUUCAACAGAUUGUGUUGAAUAUUUGAAUUGUGGGCCCAAGAAGUCUAGGAUGAUGAUAUUGGACAAGUCCAAGUUACUUAAUCAAGAACAGCUGCAGUCGGUGCCAAUUCAAGAUAACAGAUGUCUAACUAAUGUGUUACAAUCAAGGUUAGAAAACCAUUACAAGUUUCAAGCACCAAGUAAUGAUGUUUCUUCAUAUUUCGAUCAACACAAAAUACACAUACAACAAUCAAGUUCAGAAUGUGAAAAUAGAGAUGCACAAUGUUCAACAAAUGUUCCAUAUUCGAAGACACGUCUUGAUCACGCAAACUCCUCAGAACUCUACAGUGAGGACCAGAGGAGCAAAAACAAACGUUGAUCAUUCUCGAGUUCGACCUCCUACACAAUCAAAUAGGAGAGUUGCAGUUGAAAAAAGAAGAAAGAGAAACGAAGAAAUGCAGGCGCAUGAGUUUCAACUAAUGAUGAACAUGAUCAACAACACCAGUUUGAUGAUGAACAUGGUCACCAUCACCAACCUGAAGAACCCAUGUUUCCUGGAGGUCCUUAUGAUCCUUCUGUCCUUAAGGAUUAUGAGCACCAUAUUGCAAUAAAUGUGUGGAAUGGACAGAUUAGUAAAUAAUUUAUUU